CGAUAUUGGUUUUUCUAUCCUUCAUAAAGAUAUCAAAUUUCUUGAGAUUCUUUGUUAGUAUUUGUCAUAAUGAGCCAUCCAUCUGAGAUACAAUAACUUGAGUUAAUUUAUGAAGUGAGAGAAAACUCUCCCUUGUUGUUAUCAAAGAGUCCAUAGCCAGUGCAAUUUCCGAUGAGCAAUCUCAUCAUCAACUCUGAUGGGGCGCCACCUCAUCACAUACCCCCAAAAACCCCCGACAUUCCUAUUGAUUGCCACCGUGAGAAACAAACAACACCUUCCCCAUCUUUCAAAGACAAACUAUUGGCCACGGAUUUAAUAGAAGAAACUAUCCAAACAAGCCCAGAAAUCACCUACUCUACUACACCGUUAUUCUACCACCAAAAUGAAGAAACUAACCAAACGGACCUAAUGCUAGAAGAUACCCUUCCCUCCAGUGUAAGUAAGCAAAUUUCAACCAUUUCCUUAACAAAAGGAAUAAAGAAAAUUACCCUGACAGUGGAGGAUAGGAAUAGAAUGUACACUCCAUGGAAAUUUUCAGUGAUUAUUAAAUUGCUAGGCAAAAGAAUUCCACACCAAUAUCUAAAAGAAAAAAUCACCCAUCUAUGGAAACCCACUGAAAUUUUUCCCCUAACAGACCUAGGCCAUGAUUUUUUCAUUGUCAAAUUCUCCAAGGAAGAAAAUAUGAUCACAGCCCUCCACAGUGGUCCAUGGUUUAUCAACGGAUACUUUUUGUCAACAAGGCAAUGGGAACCAAAUUUUGUGGCAGGGAAGGCUAAGCAAAUUCAUACAGCUAUAUGGGUCCGUCUGCCCCAACUACCCACUGAAUUUUAUGACGGAUUGAUCUUGAAAAAAAUUGGUAAUUCUAUAGGAAAAUUACUAAAAAUUGAUGCAUGCACCAGCUCCACUCUUAGAGGCCGCUAUGCACGACUUUGUGUGGAACUUCCACUAGAUCAACCGGUCCAACAGAGUAUCCUAGUUGGAUCCCAUCUCCAACAACUAGUCUAUGAAGGAGUUAACUUCCUAUGCAAAAACUGUGGCUACCUUGGACAUACAGCUACCUCAUGCACGAUUACCACAUCAAAAAUUACAAAACUACAAGAUCCCACAGCCCAGGAACGAGGUAAAGAAGUACAAAGCCCAGAUAUUGCCACACCACCUGAAGAGCAGUGGCAAGUGGUGUCUUUUUCACCAGGCGGAGAAACCCAAGAAUACAAGACCCUGUCGAAGGCAAGCAAAAAAAUUCCCCGGAAAAAUCCAAAGUACCAAGUAACAGUAUAGACGUUAAAAUUUAUGAUGCAGCUACUGGUCACUACUGAGGAAAUUGCAGAAUCCGCCGAUCCGGCAUAGCUUCAGAGAAGGGAACAAAGUAGCGCACUUUUUGGCAAAUGAUGGAUACAAACAACCAGUUAGCUCCACCCCCCAUCUGAUGGAACGACCUCCUUACUCCAUUUUGCAAAUCCUCGAAAAAGACAAGACUGGAGGCACUUAUAGUAGGACUUUAUCUACGGAUGUAAUUUCCAAACUAGUAGAAUUUGGAAAUCCUUUUGUAAAUGGCUCUACUAAUAUCGGCAGUACGGUAGAACAAUCUAUGAUUGUGCCCAAUAGGGCCUCCUAUCCCUGUAAUAGUACUAGUUAAGUUUUAAUAAUAA